CAGCUUCAUCUCUUGUGGGUGUGAGCUGAGACGUUAUAGCAACGAGCUACACACGGUAUCUGAAUUUCAACAAACGGGAACCGAAUUGUUUUCAAAUAGCUAGCUAUGUUAUCAAUUGUUUGUUUUGCUAAUAUCUGUUUCAUUUUUAUCAAAUUUGUCGUCCGUUAAGACCUCAAUUAAAAACUCAAAACGAUAAUUGAUGGUCAUUGCUCUCCGUUCCUGUUGGAUUUAAUCUGCUUAGCUACUGAAGUCCUGAUCAGGAUUCGCGGUCUGUCAAUGAGGAACUACAGGCUCAUCUUUUGCCAUAGCCUGAAGCAGCCAUAGAUGACCAUUUGAUUCACUACUAGUGAGUGGUGCUGAAGAUAAGGUGAACUACUGGGUGUUUUAAGUGCUAAACGCGGGUGUCCAGACCUUCGGAAACAGCUCGGCUGUGGAAGCGAUGAGGAAGAGCCUCUCUACUUCCCCCAGCGACUCCCUGACACCAGCCAGGGUUUUUGGGGUUCCCCUAGAUGUGGUGCAGCAGAGCGGACAGCCAGGCCAGGAGGUCCCCCUACUGGUCAGGCACAUCGUAGAGUACAUCGAGGAACAUGGGCGUCUGGAUUUGGAGGGGCUGUUCCUAGUCAACGGUAACGCGGAGCGGGUGGAGUGGCUACGGCAGCGCUAUGACUCUGGGGAGGAGGUGGACCUGGAGAAGGAGGCUGACCUGGCCUCUGCCGUCAGCCUGCUGCGUCUCUUCCUGCAGGAGCUCCCAGAGCCCAUCAUCCCUGCAGGCAUGCAGUCCCACAUCCUGCAGCUCUACCAAGACUACAGCAGCGAGGAAGAGCUCGCCCGCAACAUGAAGUACUUCCUCCAGCAGCUGCCUCAGGUUAACUACAGCCUGCUGCGUUUCCUGUGCCGCUUCCUGUCCAGCGUAGCCUCGCUCCAGGAGGAAAGCUGGAGCGUCGGCGCCCUCGCCGCGGUAUUCGGACCAGACAUCUUCCAUUUAGACACGGACGUGGAGGAUCUGAAGGAGCAGGAGUCAGUUAGCCGCAUCCUGGCGGAGCUGCUGGAGAAUCAGGAGGAGUUCUUUGACUCGGAGGACGAUGAUGUUUCCACCACCGACUACAGCUCCAUCAAUGAACAGAUCACUGAGCUCCUGGACGAUGAGAAAUUAGAGGCGUGUGAGGAGCUGCCCCAGGACGGCGAGGGCGAGGAAGGCUCCGCUUCCGAAUCCCCCCAACACAGUAACACCCAGGUCACUCCCUCUUCAAGUUCACACAUCUCCCCCAUCAGCGUUCUUCCAGGAUCUGCAGUCAUUAUAGAGAGGACUAUCCGCGCCGCGGUGGAACAGCACUUCUUUGACCUCAAGAGCUCCAUCGACCAGGACAUCAGCAGCUAUGAGAGCCAAGGCGCGGGCCCCAGUGAAAAGCAGGUGACGGGGCCAGGGCCAUUUGAUGGCCAUGGAGAGGAGGGUCCGUGUACGAGUAAGGAGGGCCCCGCAAGCAGUCCCCUGUCAGCCCCAGAGACAGAGAGGCACUCUGAACACAGCCCACAGGCCCAACAGGAGGUCCAGGAUUGUGACUCCCAAGGCGCCAUCCUGGAGGAGAGUUCUGGAAUGGACCUGGAUGCCGCAGAGGCUCUUGUCGAUGCAGAGAACAAUAUCAACACUGCCAGGCAAGAAAGCCAAUCCUGUGACAAGAUGGACCAGGCCGAUCUCAUCACCUGUGACUCUGAGUGUGACCAGAACCCCAACACAGAGGCCAGGGGGUACCCCUACCACCACCCUGCCAGCUCGCACCACCUCCAACUCAGCCGCAUCUUCCCCCACAGCCAGUGGGAAGACCCAGUGCCAGCCUACAAGUCAUGGCAGGACGAGAGUGACUCUGGCGAGGCCCAGCUGUCCCCCCUGGCGGGGCGCAUGGUGCCCUUGCCCCACGAGGAGGACGCUCACCCCCUUAUGGCCCGCCGGUUCCUGGACUUUGGCCACAGCCAACGGUUCCUGCAGCACUCCGACCCCGACGCAACCUCGCCCACCAAAGCCCACCACUCCCUGGGGAGGCCUCGCCGUGCCUCCUUCAGUUCCAAAGAGAGCGGUUUGAGGAAUGACUCGGUCUCCCACCAGCUCACCAAAAAACUACAGAGCCUCAAGAAGAAGAUCAAACAAUUUGAGGAACAAUUUGAGAACGAGAGGAACUACAAGCCGUCUCAUGGAGAUAGAGCAGCUAACCCAAAAGUCCUCAAGUGGAUGACAGACCUCACCAAAAUCCGCAAACAGUUGAAAGGAAGACCGCAUCUCUUUCCCAAAGGGUCCCUGAGGCACCAGGCGGUGCUUCAGUCAUACAGACGUCACCACCCCUCCUCCUCCGCCCCGAACACAUCCCAUUUUACACUUGCACGCCCCCUCACUGCCUGUAGACAGGCACCCUACCUAUAUGCCAAACACAAAGAGGCUGAGCUGACUCCUCAGACUCGGCCACGAAGCAACACCUUGCCCAAGAGCUUUGGUUCCACCCUGGCAGUCCACGAGGUUGUUGAAGAAGCCAAGGGCCACCGGCCCACCAAAGAGGAGACCCUGGACCUCAUCCAGCGCCGCGUCAAGGGCAAGAGAGAGGAGGACGGCUGGCCAGAGGACAUCAAGAAAAUGACCAAGGAGGAGCUGUCGUGUGAGAAGACGGUCCUACAGAAGAACCUCCUGCACUACGAGGGACUGCACGGCCGACCUGUGACCAGAGAGGAGAGGCUGGUGGUCAAACCGCUGUAUGACCGCUACCGUCUGGUCAAGCAGAUGCUCACCCGCGUCAGCAUCACCCCCAUCAUCGCUUCCCCCUCUAGCAAAAGACGCAACCAGACCCUGCAGCCCAUCAUCGAGGGCGAGACGGCCCACUUCUGCGACGAGAUCGAGGAGGAGGAGGAGGAGGAGGAGGGCGAGGAAGAGGCUAUAGCCGAGGAGGUCCAGAGCUCAGGGUCGGAGGUGAUCAUGGCUCUAGACCCAGUGUGCCAGCCCCAGACCAGCUCCCAGAGAGACAGAGACAGCCUGCUCAGGCCCAAGAUGGAGGAGACCUCCGGGAAACUGGCCCUGGACCUGCGCCUGUCCAGCUCCAAUGCCUCGUCCAUGCCCGAACUCCUGGAGCAGCUGUGGAAGACCCGGGCAGAGAAGAAGAAGCUGAGGAAGACGAUCCGCGAGUUUGAAGACGAGUUCUACCAGCAGAACGGCAGGAAUGUCCAGAAGGAGGACAGGCUCCCCAUGAUGGAUGAAUACAAAGAGUAUAAACGGAUCAAGGCCAAACUGCGUCUGCUGGAGGUGCUCAUCAGCAAGCAGGACUCCUCCAAGUCCAUCUAGAGAGGGAGAUCGGCCACCCUGCUUCCCUCCCUUCAUCCCACCUAGAUGAGGGUCAACCGCCUCACCCCAGGCCUUACAUGUCACCCCUACAUGGCCCAUACUCCUCCCCAUCCCUUAUCAACCAUCCCACUACCUGCACCCCUGAGGGAAGGCAUGGCAGCCACCAUAUCCCGCCGCUGUCUCACCACCACAACUCAUCUGUUUCUACCACCGCCAGCUCAUGUACAGUCAAGGGGUCCUCACUGGGGACUCUGAGGGAGAAGAGUCACAUCUUCAUUCCACCAGUCAAGACUCAACACACCCCUUUUUACUUAUUUCUGUCAGUUUCAUUCGGAGGAGUUCCCCCUUUCCUCAUUAGUUUUGUUUUUGUUGUAGCUUCCCCCCCGAACUUUUCACGUACGGUAGUUUCUCAUACUGAGAAAUCAUAUUGGAGAGGACAUGAGCUCUGUUUUGUAGCGCAUUUUAGUCACCUGACCACCUGUUUAGACGUAACAAACUGAACUCUCCCUCCCUUGGAACGAGGAGACUGGCCAUCCUGUUUCAGACAUUCAGACUCGCAUGGAUUCAGUUGCCGAACUCGAUCUUCAUCCUUCAACACUGGGACGCUUUUGUGUCGUCUGAGUGAGUUUUUGGGAGAGAGGGAAAAAGUAAUUACUGUGUAUGUAUUCUUGUAAAUCAAUAUGUACACAUAAAUGUUUCUAUGUUACAGUAUGUUAUUUUUCUUGAAUGAAGAGUAAUUCCUUCUUGGGUUUGAAAAGAAACUUACUGUGUUUGUGUGUUAUUCUAUUUCCUUUGCCACUAUGGAAACUGAGUGAGUUUUAUCAGUUGGGACUGGUUGUGCUGUUCCUUUCUCUUAGGUUUUAAAAAAAUAUUUGGAUCUUCAGUCGUCACUGAAAGGAGUUUUGGCACACACCAGGUGGGCAGGACAGCCAGUUAGGUGUAUCACUUAGUGUUCCUGUACCUUAUCCGUCUCCAUUUUCUGGCAAUAAAGCUAGACAGCUUGACUUAUUUUCUAUAUAUAUAUUUUUGUUUUAUACGCGUUAAAGUUCAGUUGCGGAGUGGAUCUUUGUGCGAGGUGUCCAGAAUGGGGGGGGGUGGAUGGGUUGUUAGAUUAAAGCUAAUGUAGUUUCGACCUCAUCAGUAUUAUGCUAAAUACAGCAUAUGGCAAUGUUAGGGCGUGAUAUGGCAAUGCUAGCCCUGUUCGAUGGACUUUAACCUAGCGUUCCGUCCUACAGUCCGUGACCACCUUUUAGUAUGGCAGACAGACACUCCCUAUCACUCCCAGGUGCCUAGUUAUACAACCAGGUGUGUUGACCAACACCCUACGGCCACACAGCCAGUAUUUAACCCCCAGUGGUGUGUGUGCUGAUGGACAGUGGUCAGGCGGACCAUCCGGCUUCUUGAGGACAGCCAUAGAUAAGUUAUCACAAUUUGGCUGCCAGUCAGUCUGGAGGUCCGGUCAGCCCUGUGCCCAGGUUAAGAUGAAAAACAGUCCUCGUGGCAUAAUCUCCUUUUAGUCACUGGGGAAUGUGAACACCAGCUAAAAGAGUUCUCAUGCAUCCCAUAUCCAGUGUGAGGUAAACUAGGCGUCUCCGUCUAAGGUUUCACUUAGUACGCAGGACGGUGUCUCAAAGGGAAGUUCCCAAAUCUAGCCGAGAACAGGAUCAGCUGACUUCCUGGCUUGUAACCACUUGUCACAACAUCUAGCUACUGUAUGUUGUUGCACCAAAAGUUCAACGUGUCCUUGGUUAGCGAUCACUGACCCACUGCAAAACAGCAACAUUCCUUCAAUCUAGAGUCACACAAUGUCAGGCUAUUGCUAUACAUGUUUUCUCUGGUGCUAAGGUCGCUGGGUGUUGGUUGGUUGGUUAAGUCUAUUAUUCAUUAUGGGAUAUGUCCCAUAGUGAGCCAGAGUGUUUGGCCAGGCAAUGUAGAGCCAGGUCAUUGUCAGGUCCUGGGGAGUUGUCUGACCACAGGGCUCUGAGAAGGCUUUACCACGGCCAAGCAGAACCAACAGCACCUUGACUCCUGACAGACAAUUUACGUCAAGGGUCAACUUAUUGAUGUCUCUAGAGCCCGAAAGCUCUUCUGGGCUUCAAUACAAAGGUCACAUACAACAAAAACAGAGUCCAAGUUAUGCAUAUUUGGAAUGAGGUGUGUCUGGUCUGUCGGCGUAAUGCCGCCUCGGGAGUGCUGUCUGCCACUCCUUAAAGGUCAUUGAUCCUAGCCUUUGACCCCUAGCUAAACUAGCAGUCAGCCCAGAGGCAGAAUCACAUCACUAUCCUUCAGAAGCUCUCUGGACUUGACAAAACCAAGCAGGAGCUUUAGAGUGGAGAAACGACCCUUCGUCUGUCCAGUUGACUAGUUCUAGUCCUGGCAAUAAAAUACAAAAAACAUUUGAGAUGUUGUAGACUAAAUGUCUCUGCACAUUAGGGUGGGGAGGGGAAUUAGUGCUGUUUCCUUGUUGGGAAUGGGAAGGCGCCAUCAGUGGCACCAACUGUAAGGAUCUGCAUCUGCUUCAGGAGGUGGAAUAAUGGAGUACAUUGUCAGUCAGACCAACACACCCAGAAUAUAGGGAAUCUAAUUUUUCCUGAAGGAUGUUUGCGCUGAACCAAGAGUUUUGCCUUGGUCCCUCACUGGGUCAAAACCAAGUCAUGUAACCUUUGUUUGAGUUGGCAGGGUGUGGUGUAUGCAUGAGUGGACAGUGUGGGGAGGUUUCUAGAAGUUAUUUGCACAGCAUUCUGAGAAUGCAGCCCUUGUUUUGUUUGUCAAUUUGUUCCUUGUUUUAGAAGCACUACUUAUAUCUGAAGGAUGAAUGUCAGAAUUUAAAUUAUUUCUAACACAUUUGGCCCCUUGUUUCAAUUUCUGUGAUGUUCAAACUUGAGAAUGUGUUUUGUUUUUUUAUUACAUUAUUUUGUAUUUAAAAAAAUGUACCCCUCACUAAUACAUCUAUACAGUGUAGUACCUCUGUAUUGGCUAAUAAUCUGCUAUGUUUUUGUUUUGUAUAAGCUAGUCUCAGUAGUUGGCUUGCAUGGCAAAGACUUGUAUUGUUUCUAUUUUUGUGCCAUGAAAAUGAAGCAAUAAAUUAGCAUCAAUGGAAUGUGGGGCCUUGUUAACCCUUUAUGUGCAUUUUCUGAGUAUACGGCUGAUUAAUGUUUAAUCUAUUAAUGGGACUAACUUGGUUUGCUGUUUUUUACCUCGCAGGCCAACCCAUGAAACUGUCACUUGACUAACUGCUGUGAGAGUUCCAACGCGACUCAGUUUUCUGUCUGCUAAACCUGCAUUUUUACCACUUGUUGUCAGCAUUAUGUUUUCUGGGGCACUGCUUUAACCAAAAUGAGAAGAGAUUAUCAAUGUGGUGACAAUGAUGGAGGUAUAUUUGGACCAAACAUUCCCGAUUUUUUUAUUAUUUUAAAAGAAAAUAAAUGUGAAAUUGGUCGAUCGAUUUAUGUCCAUGUCAAAUUGAAGGGCUUUUUUUACUCUCAUUUUGUGUUGUGCCUGCAACAAGUGGUAAAAAUCAUGUGAAGCCCACAGGCUAUAAGGAUGUACACUGACCCUGUUCACAGCCCCAUGCCAUCCCUCGCAUGUUUGUUUUUCUGGCCCAUGGAGCCGGUGGCAGGUUGCAUCAACUGACUAGCCGAUCAACCACUGGCUCCCAGAGCCUCCCUAUCUAUAUGUGGAGCUGUGUUUUACAUCUAUAUAUAUGUAUCUAUAAAUGUUUUUGUGAAUGUUUUUCCUUCAUUUACACAUUAUAAUAAAGUACAAUCAGUAAUAAUGUAUAAUAAAAUAAAAAUAAAUAUUGUAAUUUA